AGCCGCCGCGCCUUCGGCAGCCGCGCACGCGCACGCGCACGAACCCACCUCCCCGCCGCGGCAGUUGUUUCAACGGUCGGCACUGACUUGGGAUGGCCAGCUCGGAAUGUCCCCCGGUCCGUCGACCGGCAGUUGGAGUGGGGGUUGUGGUGACCUGUCGCGAGCGGCCGGGCUGUGUCCUGCUCGGGAAAAGGAAAGGCUCAGUCGGAGCAGGUACUUACCAGCUGCCCGGGGGCCACCUGGAGUUCGGAGAAAGCUGGGAAGACUGUGCUAAGCGGGAAGUUCUGGAAGAGUCAGGGCUUCACAUGAAGAAUAUGUGCUUUGCUGCAGUUGUCAAUGGUAUCAAAUUAGAAGAAAAUUAUCACUAUGUCACAAUUUUCAUGCAAGGAGAAGUCAAUACAGAUUAUGAUUCAGAGCCAAAGAACCUAGAACCUCAGAAAAAUGAAGGUUGGGAGUGGACCAAGUGGGAAGACUUACCACCAGCAGAUGAGCUAUUUUGUCCUUUAGCACGUGUAAGACAAGUUUAUCAUCCUUUUGAAGAAAAACCUAAAAAUGCUGCUGCAAAUCACUAUUAAAUGGCAAUCUUUCUCAUAAUUGUCUAUAGUUAAAUACAUUGUUCCAAGAUGUGUAGAAUCACAAAUUAUGGUUUUGAAUUGGAAGAUCAGUACAACUGAUUUUAAUUAUGAAGGUAUAUGUUAACAAAUAUAAUAAACAGUCAUUUGAACUAGGCCUAUGUGCAUCUCCCACAUUUAAAUAGUAUACAUAAAAAUGAUAUUAAAUAAGUAAAUACAAACUAUUGAGAUGUAUUUUUAUGUUAAAAAUAUAUACCAAAAAAAUUGCUUGGGGAAAAUAAAUUGUAUUUGAAAUUCUCCACCUGUGAUGUUUAGUUAUGUAGCAGUUGAUGCCAUGUUUGUGGUUUAUGUUCUAUAAACUCCCAACAUAUUCUUUGUAUAACAUGUGUUUUUUGCUGGUACUUUCUUUGAAAAUAAUGGGAAUUAAGGGGAGGUAUUUGCCAAUCUAAUUUAUUCCUUUGAUUUUGUCCAUUAUGAAUACUCACUCAUUGGCACUACUGCCCUGAUUCUUUGCACACCCUUCAGUAAUAUAUAAGGUUACAUUCUGAACCAUAUUUUAGUUUAGUUCUAUUCCCCUCCAUUAUCAAGAAAAGCCCUACUAAUUAUGCAUUCCCCUGAAAGUCCACUCAUUUUGGUUGUCUGUAGCCACUCAAUUAACAUUAGUUUGAAUUUGUGCCUCAAAU